AACAACAAUAAGAAGUCAAAGGCACACCAUCAUCUGUCUCUGGCUGCAAUUAGAGCGAUAAUGAAUGUUGUACAUCUGUGGCUUGCUGAUUUUGGAUUUCCUCCAGAGGAAAUUAUAUCCCUUGGUAUCUUUUCUGAUGGUACACACAACCUGCCAAAAGGCUUGGUAUUCUCACAACCAGCAAUGCUUGAUUGCAACGGAUUCUGGUCACCAUGUGAGACAGUGCUUCCACCUUCAGAAGGACCUGUGCACCUUCCAGACAUACUGCCAAUUCCCUUGAGGGCAACUGCUUCCUUUGGACUUGGCAAGUGUAUGCGAGCUAUCUGGACUCUGCCUAUGAGUGAAAGAGAAAGUGAGCAGGAGAAAGAUAAGGCUGCAGUGGAACGUAUAUCACAGGAAGAGGAGAAAAUAAAAGAAUGGUUAGAAAUGUACACACUAUUGGACGAAUAUGAAAAGAAAAUAUCAGCUGAGAUAGAGCGAAAGGCUAUUUCUACUGAAGCCAAGUACCGAUGGCUUUCACUGUCGGAGAGGCUACCAGAAGACAAGGUGACAAAGGAUGAAUACACCAGCUUAGCUUUUGGAUCAGAUAACAGUCUAUUUAAUGCUGGAAAAGUAUCAGAUGUGCACGUGGGGAAAUCAGUGGAAUUUAUGGAAGAUGUAGAUUAACUUUAAUUGUUUUUUAUGUAUUUUAAUCUAAUUUAUUUUGCUUAUAACUUCCUUAAGUUGUUAAUGUAUUUAUUUAGCACAAAAAUAAAAUAGAAAUUGUCAUCUUAGUAACCUAAUA